AUGGCGACUCUACCAGCAGCCAAUGCAGCCUCGCCUGAGAACAAGGUCAGGGUCGUGAUAGGAGCUCAAUGGGGAGACGAGGGCAAGGGCAAGCUGGCCGACAUCCUAGCAGCCGACUCGGACAUCUGCGCGAGAUGUGCAGGAGGCAACAAUGCUGGUCAUACCAUCGUCGUCGAUAUGCCCCAGCCGAAUGGCGAGAAGAAAAAGACAAUGUUUGACUUUCACCUGCUCCCCUCUGGUCUGGUCAACCCCAAGUGCGUUGGGUUCAUUGGUGCGGGUGUCGUCGUGCAUCUGCCCUCGUUCUUUGCCGAGCUCGACACGCUGCAGAAGAAAGGACUGGACUGUGACGGGCGACUGUUCGUAUCUGAUCGUGCCCAUCUCGUCUUUGACUUUCACCAAGUCGUCGACGGUCUGAAAGAAGUCGAGCUCGGCGGCUCAAGCAUUGGCACGACCAAGAAAGGCAUCGGACCCGCCUACUCUUCCAAAGCGUCACGUUCCGGCCUGAGAAUCCACCAUCUCUAUGACAUCGACGCGUUCGCGAUCAAGUUUCGCAAGCUCGUCGAGGGUCGCUUCAAGCGCUACGGUCACUUCGAAUACGACACCGAGGGAGAGAUUGCUCGCUACAAGGCUUUCGCAGAGAAAUUGAAGCCGCAUAUCGUAGAUGGUAUCACUUUCAUUCACAAAGCGCUAGCCUCGAACAAGCGUAUCCUCGUCGAAGGAGCAAACGCGCUCAUGCUCGAUCUUGACUACGGAACAUAUCCAUUCGUGACAAGCUCGAGCACAAGUAUUGGCGGUGUGUGUACUGGCCUGGGCAUCCCGCCUAGAUGUAUCGGCGAGACCAUCGGAGUCGUCAAAGCUUACACGACUCGUGUCGGUGCUGGCCCCUUUCCCACCGAACAAUUGAAUAACAUCGGAAAGCAUCUGCAAGAAGUCGGCAGAGAAUUUGGCGUCACGACGGGCAGAAGGAGGAGAUGCGGCUGGCUCGAUCUCGUCGUGCUACGCUAUUCUGCCCUCAUCAACGGCUACACUGCUCUCAAUCUGACCAAGCUCGACAUUCUUGACGAUCUGGAAGAGUUGAUGGUGGCGGUAGGCUACGAACUCGAUGGUAAACCUCUCGAGAAUUUCCCUGCCGAUCUCGACUUGCUCUCUCGCGUAUCGGUCAGAUACGUCACACUGCCAGGUUGGAAGAGCAGUAUCAUCGAUGUGAGAAAGUACGAAGAUCUGCCGGAGAAUUGCAAGAGGUACAUCGAAUUUGCGGAAGAUUUCAUUGGGGUCAGAAUACGCUUCAUCGGCGUUGGACCGGGUCGAGAAGCAAUGAUUACGAGAUGA